CCGUUGAGAUGUAUGGUGUACCAAUGUGCUAGAUAUUUGCAAGAAGAGAGAGAGAGAGUGAGAGAAUGUGGGCAGCUUGGAUAAUAGUAGUAAUGGUGACAACUGAAUGCUUAGAGGUUGGUUUAAACACCUUAACUAAAGCAGCAAUGGGCAGAGGAAUGAGCAACUUCGUCUUUGUUGUUUACUCAAAUGCCCUCGCCUUUUGCUUACUCCUCCCUGCAACCUUCAUCUUUCACAGGAUCAAACCAUGCCCACAACUCACUUUGUCUGUCAUGUGGAGAAUCUUUCUUCUUAGCCUCCUUAGUUGUUUUGUGCAGAAUUGUAUGUAUAUAGGGAUUCGGUAUAGCUCUCCAACUUUGGCAUCCGCCAUGGUUGAUCUCACCCCAGCUUUUACCUUCAUACUUGCCAUUAUCACCAGGAUGGAAAAGCUAAACAUAAAAGCACAAAGCAGUCAGGCCAAGUCCAUUGGCACCACAAUUUCAAUCAUAGGGGCAUUCAUAGUGACUUUCUACAAAGGCCAGCCAAUCACCUUCUUUCAAUCGCUUUCGUCGCCUCAAUCAAACUGGAUCAUCGGAGGAUUUCUCCUUGCUGUUGCUGCCUUUUUGCUUGCACUGUUGUACAUUGUCCAGACUUGGAUUAUUAGGGAGUACCCUGCAGAGCUGAUGGUAACACUCAUUGCUUGUGGCUUUGUGACUAUCCUAUCUACUAUUGUUGCUCUGAUUGCAGAAAGGGCACAAAGUGCUUGGGAAUUAAGUCUUGAUAUUGAGUUGCUUUGCAUUUGCUACUCGGCAAUUGCUGUGAUUGCAUUUAGGAGUGUAGCUCACACAUGGGCUUUGCGCAAGAAGGGGCCUGUCUUUGUUACAAUGUUUAAACCUCUUGGAAUGGUCAUUGCAGUUGUCAUGGGGGUUACUUUUCUAGGGGAUACUUUGCAUAUUGGGAGUGUGAUUGGAGCAGCUAUUAUAGCUAUUGGUUUCUACUCAGUGAUGUGGGGAAAAGCUAGAGAAGAGAAGACUAUUGAAGGGAAUGAAUUAAGUGAUUGUGAUUCAUCUUCAUCUACUAAAGUCCCAUUUUUGCAAAACAAAUGUAUGGAAACAUAGAACUUUUGUAAUGUAAGAUAUACUAAAUAAAAGAGAGAUUUUGAUUGCAAAAACGUGAUUAUUCCUAUUACUAAACUUUAGACUAUGAGAGGUUA